CCAACAAGACACAGCCUAUACAACUCUAGCUUCCAAAUUUAAUUUGUUACUGUCACUGAUUUCAUUUCUCAAGAAAUUCCAUAACAAUGGGAGAGAUUGAUCCAGCUUUCGUUCAGGCACCAGAGCACAGACCCAAGCUCAGUGUCAUAGAAGCUGAAGGAAUCCCUGUGAUUGACAUGUCCCCUCUGUUAUCAUCAGAUGAUGCAAUUUCCAACACAGACCCUUCAGCCAUUGAAGAGCUUGUGAGGCAAGUGGGCAGUGCAUGCAAGGAGUGGGGGUUCUUCCAGGUGAUCAAUCAUGGAGCUCCUCUUGAGAGCAAGCAGAGGAUUGAAUCAGUUGGGAAAAAAUUCUUUGCUCAGAACUUGGAGGAGAAGAAGAAAGUGAGGAGGGAUAUUGUGAAGGUGAUGGGAUAUUAUGAGACUGAGCAUACCAAAAAUGUUAGGGAUUGGAAGGAAGUGUUUGAUUUUACUAUGGAGGAACCCACCUUGAUCCCAGCUUCAAUUGACCCUGAUGACAAGGAGAUCACUGAGUGGUACAAUCAGUGGCCAGAGUUCCCCCCAGAGAUGAGAGAGACCUUCCAAGAAUAUGCUCAUCACAUGGAAAAGCUAGCACUCAAGUUAAUGGAGCUUAUUGCCAUGAGUUUGGGCCUGCCCCCAAAGCAAUUUCAUGGGUUCUUCAAGGACCAAACAAGCUGGAUUAGGCUUAACUAUUAUCCACCAUGCCCAAACCCUGACCUUGUUUUAGGGUGUGGUCGUCACAAGGAUUCUGGUGCUUUAACGGUUCUAGCCCAAGAUGAAGUUCCUGGGUUAGAAGUGAGGAGAAAAUCUGAUGGUGAAUGGGUUCUGGUCAAGCCCUUACCUGAUGCUUAUAUCAUCAAUGUUGGAGACGUAAUUCAGGUUUGGUGCAAUGACGCAUAUGAGAGUGUUGAGCAUAGAGUGAUGCUGAGUGCUGAUAAGGCAAGGCUUUCAUACCCGUUCUUUCUGUUCCCUGCACACUACACCAAUGUGCAGCCUCUGGAGGAGCUUACAGAUGAACAAAACCCUCCCAAAUACAGGCCUUACAAUUGGGGAAAGUUUUUAGCUACGAGGAAGCGUAGCAACUUCAUGAAACUUGAUGUGGAGAACAUCCAAAUUCAUCAUUUCAGGAUUAAUAAUUAGAUGCGGCAUUUUACAAUGGUGCUGUGAUGAUCAAGAAGCCGGGUCUGGAAAAGGAGCAUGAAAAUAUGAAUAAGAUGUUGUGUCAACCGAUAAUUAUGUAUUAUGAUCUUAAAUAAGGAGCCAGCUCAUGGCCUAUGAAUAUUAUAAUGCCACCUCAUGUGAGUUUCUGAAGCCAUUUUCCAUGAACUCUUAUAAUGACGGCUAUUUAUAUAUAGUUCGCUUUAAAAA